AUGACAGCAGCCUGGUGGGCAGGCAUGUUUGGAGGUGUGGGGUCUGGGGGCCUGGGAGCCCAGGGCAUGGCAGGACCCCUGCGGGGCAGGAUGGAGGAACUGAAGCGGCCCUGGUGGUGGGAGAGCUCACCCCUGGUGCUGCAGCACAGCGAGGCAGCCCGGCUGGCGGCCGACGCCCUCCUGGAGCGGGGUGAGGCUGCCUACCUGCGAGUCAUCACGGAGGAGCGGGAACUGCCCUUCCUGAGCACCCUGGAUGUGGACUACAUGACCAGCCAUGUGUGUGGGGGUCCUGAGGUUGGCGAGGCCCAGGGACAGGAGGCCUCAGGGCCCGACCGCCUCAGCCUGCUCUCUGAAGUCACCUCAGGCACUUACUUUCCCAUGGCCUCUGACAUAGAUCCCCCAGACCUGGACUUGGGCUGGCCUGAGAUUCCACAGGCCACAGGCUUCAGCCCCACCCAGGCUGUGGUCCAUUUUCAGCGGGACAAGACCAAGAACAUCAAAGACCUUUUGCGUUUCCUCUUCAGCCAGGCCCACAAGGUGGUGGCCGUGGUGAUGGACCUGUUCACUGACAUGGAGCUCCUAUGUGACCUCAUGGAGGCCUCUAGUCGGCGUGGUGUCCCUGUCUACCUGCUCCUGGCUCAAGAGAACCUGAGCCACUUUCUGGAAAUGUGCUACAAGAUGGACCUCAAUGGGGGGCACUUGCCGAACAUGCGUGUACGGAGCACACGUGGGGACACAUACUGCAGCAAGGCAGGCCGCCGCUUCACGGGACAGGCCCUGGAGAAGUUCGUCAUCAUCGACUGUGAGCAGGUGGUGGCAGGCAGCUACAGCUUCACCUGGCUCUGCAGCCAGGCCCACACUAGCAUGGUGCUUCACCUGAGGGGCCGCAUCGUGGAAGACUUUGACCGGGAGUUCCGCUGUCUCUAUGCUGAGUCACGGCCUGUGGAGGGCUUCUGUGGCAGUGAGGAUCCCAGGGCUCCACGUCCUCCUCCAGUGGCCCUGGCCUUCGGGCCCAGCAACCCAAGCCCCAUGUCCUCAUCGCCCUCCAGCUGCAGUGUCAGCAGCGUCAAGCACUCUCCUCUCAUAGGCCGCUCUUCCUACCUCGCUCUCCCAGGAGAUGGUGGCUGCAGUGACACGGGUAUGGGGUCCUCUUCCCCAGGCCCUGCUUGUCGCAAGGCUAGUGGCCAACCCUCCCUACAACGCCAGCUGUCAGAUCCUAACCAUGGCUCCUCACCAGGGCUCAACAGGGCCAACUUGGGUAAGAUGGGGGCAUCCCCAUGGUCCCAGUCCUCCCCUGCCCUCAACCACAAUAGCACCAGUCCCUUGACCCUGGCAGUGGGGUCACCUCUGCUUACUCGCCCACGCUCCCUCCUCCCCUUCUCCUGGGGUGCCCCAGCCCUGUGUAGGCUCCCAGAGAAUGGGCUCCCAGGAAGCCAGGAGCCUAUCCUCCCACGAGGUCGCUGGGUACCUGGCACAGCCCUGGAGACAGUAGAGGAGAAGAAGGUGUCUCUGAGUCAGAGCCAUGGCCAGCUGGAUCUCCUCAUCCCCUUCCCCAGAGCCCGAGAAGCAGGAGGCCCUGGUUCUGGCAUUACCUCCAACUCAGACUCCCUCUGGCCUGGUGAGCAGUCCCGAGAGGACAGGAGAUUACCCUCAAACCAGAGAUACAACCAGCUGGAUCUCCUGCCCCAGGCCCAAGGUGCUGGAAGUGCCCCUGAGUCAGGUUUCCCCAAAUCUGGCAGUGGGAUCCCAGAGAAUAAGAGGUUGCCUCCAAACCACAGCCAUGGCCAACUGGACCUCUUGGUACAGUACCCCAAGGGUGGGGGCUCCAGAGUGCCCCUUGGAAAAAAAUCCUCAGCCAGGGCUGGCAAGCAGGGUCCAGAUGAGCGACGACAGACCCUGGGCCACAGCCAGCUGGACCUCAUCACAAAGUUUGGACCAUUCCGGAGCGAGGGGCCUGGGCCCAACAGUCUUCCUGGACCGAGCCAUGCUCGCAAGCCUGGCGUGGGCUCUGGGGAUGAGAAGCGGCUGACUCUGGGCCACAGCAAGUUGGACCUCAUCACCAAGUAUCAUCAGUUGCAGGGUGCCAGGCAGGGAUCUGAGAAUGGCCUCCCUGGAGGCUCCACAGAUGGCCAACGUAAUGGCAGUAGCAAUGGUCCAUUUGGGGAUGAGAAACGGCUGACCCUGGGCCACAGCAAACUGGAUCUCAUCACGAAAUGCAACAAGGCCAAGUUCAAACUGCUCCGAAGCCGCUUUGAGUCCUAGUCUUGCUCUCAGCAGGGACAUGUCCCUUCUCCAUCUGCUGGGGCUCUAGAUUUACUCAAGUCCCAGACUC